GGCUCUAAUUCGUCCCGUUUCCCCCUCGUGAUUCAGAUUUCUCGAGUCUCCUAACUUCAUCCCUUCCACUCCCUACUAACACCGACAUCAAAUAACCCCUCUCGCCCUCCCCGCGUUCUUUGACAAAUGCUUGCCCGCAGCGCCCUCCCCCGGGGCCCAUUCCAAUUGCUUGUGAGGGCCGCUCCCCCUUCCCGCUGUGGUUUGGCCACCGCUACUGUCUCCAAUCCCUUCCAUUACACUGUCGGCGAAUCAGCGGGUAUCAAAGUUGCGUCAAGAGAUGAUGGUGGCCCAACCACUACUUUAGCAGUGGUUGCAAGAGGUGGAAGCCGAUAUGAGACCGCUCCCGGAUUGGCCCACGGAUUGGAAAGAUUCGCAUUCAAGGUACAGCCCCCCAACGGUCUGAUUUUGACAGCCAACACGGCCGUAGUCUAUGUGAACUCGAAUUUAUGAAACUGACUUUUCAAACUGAUCAACAGAACUCAAGGCGAUCUGCCCUCCGUCUUCAGAGGGAAACUGAAUUACUCGGCGGCUCCCUCGGUUCUACGCUCUCCCGAGAAAAUAUUAUUCUCCGUGCGAAAUUUCUGCGGGAUGACCUUCCCUACUUUGUCGAGGCGCUCGCUGAUGUUCUCAUCCAUACCAAAUACAAUCGUACGCCGUCCUACUUUAUGCAAUUUGUUGUUUUCAAUUCGCACUUGGUUACCAGUUUGUUGCAGACAUGAUCUGACUGCCGAGUCAACAGCCUACGAAUUCAACGAACAAGUUGCCUCCACUAUGGCCUUCGAACUCGAGAAAUUCCACCAUACCCCAGCAGCUCUCGCUCUUGAUACAGCGCACAACGUCGCAUUUCACAGGGGACUUGGCUCUAGCCGUUUGGCACUAACCAACAAGUACCUUACCAAGAAGCACAUUACCGAGUAUUCCAAAAAGGUGUACAGCAGGGGCAAUAUUGCAGUUGUUGCUUCCGGUGCUCCUCAACCGGACCUCGAGAAGUGGGCAGCUGAGUUCUUCAAGGAACUCCCCUCAGGAACUGGACCAGCCGUGGUCCCCGCUAAAUACUAUGGAGGUGAGAACCGUCUUUUCUCACCCCAUGGCAACGCCAUAGUCAUUGCCUUCCCCGGCAGUGCCAGCGAUCCGUCUUUCAAGGUAGAGUAUAUUGUUCUGGCAUACCUGCUUGGUGGAAAGGCCUCUGUCAAAUGGAAUGCUGGAAUGUCACUCUUGUCCCAGCCGGCCUCCGAGGUCCCUCACACCGCUGCCGUAGCCAAGCACGUUGCAUACACUGACGCUGGUCUCCUGUAUGUCACCAUUGAGGGCCCUGGAUCUGCACUAACCCAGGCCGGAAAGAACGUUGUGACCGCCAUCAAGAGUCUGGGGGAGGCUAAGCUCGAAGAUGUCAAUAGGGCCAUUGCCCUUGCAAAGUUUGGUGCCCUUGCCACGGCAGAGGAUAGAAGCUCUGGUUUAGAGGCUGUUGGACAGACUGUCAUUGCUAGCGGAAAGGCACCGCAGGUUGAGGGUGUUGUCAAAGCUCUAGAUGGUGUUACGGUUGAAGCAGUCAAGGCUGUAUGCCUUCCCCGAGAUGUUAGCCUUUUUAUAUGCCUAUUAGCUAACUAACCUUGGUACUUGUAUAGGCCGGUAAGAAGCUCCUCGAGUCAAAGGCCACAUUCGUCGCCGUCGGCGACACAUAUCUCCUGCCAUACGCCGAGGACCUGGGGUUAACGGUCUAAAGCACUAACCAUCAGUUAAAGUGAUGGCUUAGCAUCUACUAAGGGAACAAACCAAACAAACAAAAAAAAGAAAAAAAGAAAUUUUUUUUUUCUCAUGGCAUUUUCCAUUUCAAUAUACCGCGUGCUUUAUGACGUCAUAUGGUUGGGGAUCGAAGGGGUGAGGAUUGGCAGAGGGUGGGGUUAUAGAAUAGGGUAGAAAUAUGGCGGGCCGAAAAGAGAAUAAGCAAAGGGGAUCGGGUAGGGUCCGCAUAUUUGAAGACCAAACAAACAAAUAUUUGUAUCAAACAGUGUGUUUCCUUUUUAUGUUUGGCGGGAUUUGAUGGCUUCUUUGUGAUAUGAAUUUAUUCUGUUGGUCUAUCACACGGAUUCCACCUUAACGGUUAUUGCGAGUGGUCGUGGCGGGCGACGGAAGAAGCUUGAAGGGCAACUUCGGGUUGGAGUUCUUGCAUUCUGAGUCCUUUGUGGGGCCUAAACUACUCACACGCUCCAACCUCCCGGAUACUCCAUCUCCUCAAGGCUCCGAUUAUAGCCUGGAAAGGCGUAUGGCAAACAACUAACCAAGGCACCCCGUGCUACACCAUGCUCUCCCCUUCCCAGCUUUCACCUGCACUGGAUCUGCCAUGACCAUUUUCUUCCAGGGAUCCACGGCGCCUUAUUGUGCUGCACCUAAGGUUAAUGUUUUGCCAUAGAAAUCUGCUGUGUCUAGCCUUGGACCUUCAUCUGUUGUAACUCAUAUGGUUGGUGCUGUGUGUCGUACUCACUGUGCGCCAGCACACAAUUUUUACUGUCGUUACCCUAGGUCAGUCUACGCUGUUCUAUAGGUAACUCCCAAUGCACCGUACAGUACGAGAUAUUACUGACUCCGAACCCGUAUAAAACAAACAAGAUUUUACCUAGUUUUCUGCAUUACUCAUCUCCCAGGACAGUCAACCUGUCACCAGCACUUACUGUAGCUUGUCAGGGUUACUGCAACAGUAUUAUUAUACUCCCCACAGCAUCAAGCCAAAACCAAAAAUAGGGGGAAGCCGACCGCACGCACUCCCGUCCGCAAGGUCGGACCCUCUAGCAGGUAUUAGCCCUUUUGGUCUGCUAUAGAUCGCGGGCGAGCGGGUGGGGUAUCGUGAAGCAGUGAAGUCCUUGCAAGAAGCACAUGUGCGGCGCCUGGUGGGUUGGUUCUGUUCUAUGGACUGACUUGUGGUGUUCUAGAUCAGUUCUUGAAUAUCUUUGGCCACAAGUAUUCACCCGUGCGUACCACACAGUCUCAUGAUUAUCAGAGACGGAAUCUUCUGACUAUACAAUUGUUAUUUGUUUUCU